AAGGCAUGUUGGUUCAAGCCCGUCGGACUCAAACCUACGGUCUCCGCGCCCAAGAGCGCAUCUUUAUGGUUGCGGCGGCGAACCAGGCAAUGACAAACACGUGCGGGAAGGAAUUCCAACCACCAGCUCGGGUGGGCAUCGACACGGGCUUGAUGGGCGCUGAUCUCGUGCGCCACGCCAUCGACGGGGCAGAGCUGGUGGAUGAGAAGGAGGAGGACGAGGACCAAGGCCCGCGUACGUCCGAGGAGGUGGAGGACCACGGCCGCCACCGCAUGGCACGCGGCCGAGAGCAACAGGACCGUGCCCCUUCCCCGAUGGUGCGGGUCCGCGUCGACGGCACUCCCGACCUGAUCCUGCCCUGGGCAGAGUUGAUUGACGUCGGCUGGGAAACCCGGGCCAUGCGCCACAGGCAGGCGCAGAUCACCAUCAACGUCCGGAAGCUGGUGCGCGCCGAGCAGAACCGCACCGUCACCAUGCUGGAGCGCCGCCUCUGCGGGCUGGAUUUCAAGGACCUCUGCAGGCAGCCCUUCGCCGAUCUGCCCUUGGUGGGCGGGCAGUCCGCGGGGCUCGCGCUCGCACGUGAGUAGGCGCAAUGCAGAGUCGAGCAGCGACGGCUGCAGCAGCGAGCCGGCGCACGUCACGCAGGCGUGGGCGCAGGACAGGUCUGGUUGUCGCUUUUCGCUCGGGUGGUAGCUGGCCAUAGGGGGGGGAUCCCCGUCGGGGGGAGCGCGAGGGGGUGAUGGUUAAGGAGGAACCGUGCCCCAUCUUUGAAUGUGGACACGGGGAGGAAGAGUCAUAGGCCGAAGCGUACACGCAUCUUGCAGGCUGGUUAAUUUCAUGGGUGUCAAUGCCAGCUCAUGAUUUUGAGUGCCGCCAUCAAUUCAGCGGCAAGCUUUGAUGGCCGUCGGCAGUGUCCUCCUCCUCCUCCUGCUCGGUGCCUUCCCCGUCACUCCGUGCCACUGCGAUGCCAUCCCUUCACCUUCGAUGUUUGAGUCGAUGCAGUCAAUUUUGAAGUGUAAUGUUUGAAGUGCCGCCGUCAAUUCAUCGGCAAACUGUGAUCAUGUGUUGAUUCAAUGCGGCGCAACAGCUGGAGCUCGCUUGCGUCCAUAGCGCGUCCCAGCGACGGCUGCAGCAGCGAGUUGGCGCACGUCACGCCGGCGUGGGCGCAGGACAGGUCUGGUUGUCGCUUUGCGCGCGGGUGGUAGCUCGCCAUAGGGGGGGGGGACCCCCGUCGGGGGAAGCGCGAGGGGGUGAUGGUUGAGGAGGAACCGCCUCCCAUCUUUGAAUGUGGGCACAGGGAGCGAGAGAGUCAUAGGUCCAUGCGCACGCGAAUCUUGCAGGCUGAUGAAUAUUAUCGGUGUCAUGUUUUAAAUGCCGCCGUCAAUCCCGCGGCAAACUGUGAUCAUGGUUUUGAUUCAAUGCGGCGCAACAGCUGAGUUUUGCCCGUGGAGCUCGCUUGCGUCAAUUUUUUGUCCGCAGAGUCAAGCAGCGACGGCUGCAGCAGCGAGUUGGCGCACGUCACGCCGGCGUGGACGCAGGACAGGUCUGGUUGUCGCUUUGCGCGCGGGUGGUAGCUGGCCAUAGGUGGGGAGGGGAUCCCCGUCGGGGGGAGCGCGAGGGGGUGAUGGUUGAGGAGGAAGCGUCUCCCAUCUAUGAUUGCGGGCACGGGAAGGAAGUCUCACAGGUCCAUGCGCGUGCGACUUUUGCAGGCUGAUGAAUAUUCUCGGUAUCAUGUGUUAGAUUUUAAAUGCCGCCGUCAAUCCCGCGGCAAACUGUGAUCAUGGUUUGAUUCAAUGCGGCGCUCAGAGCAACAGUUGAGUCUCUUUCCGUGGAGCUCGCUUGCGUCCAUUGCGUCCGCAGAGUCAAGCAGCGACGACUGCAGCAGCGAGUUGGCGCACGUCACGCAGGCGUGGGCGCAAUACAGCUCUGGUUUUCGCUUUGCGCUCGGGUGGUAGCUGGCCAUAGGUGUGGGGUGGGGGGCAUCCCC